AUGGCCUCACAGCAUCGCUAUAGUCCCGUUGCCUCGACUGAAAGGAACAGCAACGAUCUACAAGAGCUUGAUUUUGACGAUAAAGAUACAUCGAGACAUUCGCAAAGGCGACAGACACUCUAUCAUUGCCUCGUUGUGUUGCUAAUCGUAUCCAACAUCGGUUUCGCCAGUCUUUGGCUUCUCUACCCACGAGUCAAAUCAUGGCAGGAUUCUUCAGAUUGCGCUAGGCCUCAACUCAUCUAUUCGCCAGCGACAAGCGCACUUCGGUAUGAAAAGAAACGAUUGUGGCGGGACAUUGAUGGUCCUAAUCCUUACACUGGGAAGCCUCGUCCUGAGCAUGACGAGGCGUGGCGGGAGCUCAUUUCUCCAAUUACAAUCAAAGUAUCUGCCGAUGAGCUGUCACGCUUCAGUGGAGGCGACAGCACCAUAGAGUUUGCCGAUGGUUCUGGUUAUAUCGCAGAGAUGGGAGUAUACCACGAGCUGCAUUGCAUCAAACGCGUGAGGCGAUAUCUGCAUCUAAGCCACUAUUAUCCAAACAUGACAGAAGCAGACCGGGUGCGAGAGGACGCACAUAUUGACCAUUGCCUGGAGUAUUGGAGAGAGUCCGCGAUGUGUCGGGGGGACGUGACAUUGGGAACUUUUUUCUGGAGAGAUGGUUAUCCUACAUCCAGAGUUUAUACUGAUAAUGAGUGCAUCGAUUGGCACGCCCUGGACACAUGGGCUAGAAGGCGAAUGGUGGAUAUGAAUGAUCGGUCGAUUUUCGUUGGCUAUGAAUAG